CAUUCACUGUCUGUGUUUUGCGUCAUCAAGAGAGCGACUCCUACUUACUUUCUCUGGCAACCAAUGAGCGCUGGGUUUACUGAGAGGUGACGACAGAGGUAGAAAAGGCCGGGGGCUGGAGAGAAGAGACAUCAUGUCGGCUAGUGAUGGUACAAAUGGACCAAGUCAACCAGCACUAUUUCCAAAUGGACCACGCAUGAUGAGAGGCCAGUUUAUGAAUCCGGUCCCCCACUUCUCUGCUGUAGGGCUUGGAGCCUUAGGUCCAAGGGGACCUGUAGGACCACAUGGAAUGAUUCCUCCUCUGCUAGGACCCAUGGGAGGCCCUCAAAUGGGACAGAUGCCUUCAAUGAUCCCUUCUCUCAUGUCUGGAAUGAUGAUGGCUACUCAUGUUCCUCAAGGAUUACCUCCAUCUAUGCAGGCCAGUGUGAACAGCAUGGAACCUCCGCUUGUGCCACCACUUGUUGCUCAGGCAGUGCAUCCCAUAGUUGCAGCACAACAAGCUAUUUCAGCAAACAGCACAGGAACUGAAGAACAAACCAAACUGAAGUCACAGUGGACUGAGCAUAAAUCCCCAGAUGGGAGGACCUAUUACUAUAAUGCUGAAACAAAGCAGUCUACUUGGGAAACACCAGAUGACCUGAAGACACCUACAGAGCAAUUAUUAUCCAAAUGCCCCUGGAAGGAGUUCAAAUCAGAUUCUGGCAAACCAUAUUUCUACAAUUCCCAGACCAAGGAAUCCAGAUGGGCCAAACCUAAAGAGCUGGAAGAGCUUGAAGCAAUGAUUAAAGCUGAAGAGAACAGCAGUGCUAGCGAAGAGCCAACUCCAGUUCAUGUGGCUGCUGCCCCAGCCAUGGAGGUGAAUUCUACAUCAACUCCCCAGGCAGUUGAUCUGGAAAUAGCACAUUCAGAUCCAACAACACCAGCCAUAGAUACUGAAAAUGCUGUUACAGAGACUGAAGAACAGCCAGUUUCUGUUAUCUCCUCAUUACAAGAGAAAGACGUGGAGGCCAUCAGCAAUGCUGUAGCAGAACAACCCCCUAAAGCAGAAACCCCUGUUGAAUCAACUGCUGUAGAAGAGAAAGAAGAGGAGAAAGCUCCCAAAAAAGUUUACACUUGGAACACAAAGGAAGAAGCUAAACAAGCAUUUAAGGAACUUCUUAAAGAAAAGCGUGUUCCAUCCAAUGCAACCUGGGAACAAGCUAUGAAAAUGAUCAUUAAUGAUCCCCGAUACAGUGCUUUGGCAAAGCUGAGUGAAAAGAAACAAGCCUAUAAUGCUUACAAAGUGCAGACAGAGAAAGAAGAAAAAGAGGAGGCCAGGCUGAAAUACAAAGAAGCAAAGGAAUCCUUCCAGAAGUUUCUAGAGAACCAUGAAAAAAUGACCUCUACCACACGAUACAAGAAAGCAGAGCAGAUGUUUGUAGAUCUGGAAGUGUGGAAUGCAAUUACUGAGCGGGACCGGCUUGAGAUCUAUGAAGAUGUUAUGUUCUUCCUUGCAAAGAAAGAAAAGGAACAAGCAAAGCAACUACGUAAGAGAAAUUGGGAAGCCUUGAAAAAUAUACUUGACAACAUGACUAAUGUGACGUUCAGCACCACUUGGUCUGAAGCCCAGCAGUACCUCAUGGACAACCCUACAUUUGCAGAGGAUGAGGAGCUGCAGAACAUGGACAAGGAGGAUGCCUUAAUAUGCUUUGAGGAACAUAUUCGUACUUUGGAAAAAGAAGAGGAAGAUGAGAAGCAGAAGACUUUGCUUCGAGAGAGGCGACGGCAGAGAAAAAACAGGGAGUCUUUUCAGAUCUUUUUAGAUGAAUUGCAUGAUCAUGGACAAUUGCAUUCCAUGUCCUCUUGGAUGGAAUUAUACCCAACCGUUAGUUCUGACAUAAGGUUUGCCAACAUGUUGGGUCAACCAGGAUCCACCGCACUAGACCUUUUUAAAUUUUAUGUGGAGGGACUGAAAGCUCGAUACCACGAUGAAAAGAAGAUAAUUAAAGAUAUUUUACGGGAUAAAAGCUUUGUGGUCGACCUCCGUACCACUUUCGAAGAUUUUGCCACUGUCAUCAGCUCUACCAAAAGGGCAACAUCGUUAGAUGCUGGAAAUAUCAAACUGGCGUUUAACAGUCUUUUAGAGAAAGCAGAAGCAAGGGAACGAGAGCGAGAAAAGGAAGAGGCUCGUAAAAUGAAAAGAAAGGAAUCUGCUUUCAAGAGCAUGUUAAAGCAAGCAGCUCCUCCCAUUGAAGCAGACUCUGUAUGGGAAGAGCUUCGGGAACGGUUCACCAAGGAGCCAGCCUUUGAAGAUAUAACACUAGAGUCUGAGAGGAAGAGGAUAUUCAAAGAUUUUGUCCAUACCAUUGAGCAUGAGUGUCUGCACCAUCACUCGAAAAACAGAAAGCACUCUAAGAAGUCCAAAAAACAUCACCGGAAAAGAUCUCGUUCCCGUUCGGGUUCCGAGUCGGAGGAGGAGGAGGUGGAGAACCACACCAAAAAGAAAAGGCAGAAAUCGGACUCAAGAUCAGGAUCAGAACAUUCCUCAAGUGGCGAAUCAGAAAAAAGCUCCAAAAAAACAAAGAAACAUAAAAAGAAGAGCAAAAAGAGGAGACACAAGUCUAAUUCCCCAGAAACUGAUGGAGAAAAGGAGAGGGAUCGGGAGCGAGAGAAGAAAGAAAGAGACCGGGAUAGAGAAAAAGAGAGAGAGAGUGAAAAAGAUAGAUCAAAGCAAAGAUCAGAAACCAAAUUAAAAUCUCCCAGACGGAAAGGAAGAAAAAAUUCAGGUAAUUGGGACACGUCUGGAAGUGAGCUAAGUGAAGGAGAACUGGAAAAACGCAGACGGACUCUAUUAGAACAACUUGAUGAUGACCAAUAAAAUGCAUUUACAUAAACAUAUGUUGCCUAAUUUGAGUUGAUGGCAGUUGGGCUCUUCUAUAAAUAUAACAUUUUGGUUUAAAACAGCCCCUUGUUAUACAAAAGAGAAGUCUCCGCUGGAGAGAACCUAGGCCUCUACUCCCUCCUGUUGUAAAUGUUAGAUUUUCAAAGCAUUGCCUUAAGGACCCACUGGAGAGAGAGAGAGAGAGAGAGAGAGAGGAUCCACUGCCGAGAUUUGAAGGGACAAACCAUACCUAUGUUUUGGCUUUGAAAAGAGGAAACCGUAAUUGUACUUUUUUUGAUUAAAGCAAAAACUAUUUUUUUAUUUGUUCUGUUUUAUUCUCGCCAUUUUCCUCCUUUUCGCUUCUUGAUUCCUUUCCAUGGUAUACAUACUUUCCGAUGGGGAUAUUUUUGUAUAUUUUUUACAGAGUAUUAAAACCUCUGUCUUUUAGCUUGCGCUAGUAUUUAUUUGAGACUGGCCCGGAGUAACUGACUAAACAGCAGCAAUCCAAACAUAACAUAUUUUAUAUGUUCCUUUAUGAAAUACUGAAAUGAUGUGAUUUCCUUAUUUUUAUAAGAUUCUACCUCCGUUCAGUGAAGGGAUAUAAGUAUUGCAUUCAAUCUCUGAUUAAUGUAUUAAAAAAUGAAGUCAAAUUUAGCUGAAAUACUGUAUUUGAUGUACUUUAUUUUGUACUGGGAAAAACUUCAUAUGUCUUGGAUGUAAGUAUGAAGCACAACAGAUUAAUUUUCAGUUCAUUUUGUUGCAACCAUUAAAAAUGCCAAACUCUUUGCAGAACUUUUCAUGCAGUUUUACCAUCAAUUCCAAUUCCUCCUAAACUUGCCUUUUAAAGCUGAUAAUUCCAGACAGAUACCUUGAAAGAACGACGACCCAGGAAACACGCACGACUGUUAAGGAUCGAUAAGCCUUGAAUGAUGUUUUAUGAUACGUAUGAUGGAUGCUUGGGAUCUCCUUUCUUUAGAAUGUAUUCAUUUGGAGUUUUUUUUAAAAAUUCAAAUAAACUUGAAAUUUCACCAAAA